AUGUCUCAUGUGUUUGUUGUAACAGCUGACUGUGAGACAGACGGCUAUCUCAGCUCCUCUGGUCUCCAGGACCCCCUGGAGAUAGCGGUCAGCCUCAACGGGUCAACCCUGAUCCCUCCCACGCCGACCCUGAACACUGGGACAGGGACUACCGCCCUCAACGGACACCCUCACCACCACCCCAUCCCAGCCCUCCGCUUUCCCUCUGUGAGUGAAUGGGACAAAUAGUGAGCUAGUUAUCCAAGUGUAAGAGUAGUAGAGAGGGGAUGACUAGCAACUCUACCUGAACUGUCCCUGUUUGUUUUUUAAUUACCAUUAUACACUAUGUUUCUGUGUCUGUUGCCUUAUGCUUAACUGUCCCCUCUCCUUUUCCCGUUUGUAGAGUAUUGCAGUAUUGGGUAAUACGGAGCAUGGACACUCUGGAGGACGCGCUCCCAGUGGUUUCACCUCACCUGUGGACAGGUACGCUCCUCAGCCUCUUCCCUAGAAUAAAUACUUUAUUGUCUAUUUUUAUUAGAAAGAGACUGCCUUUCCCAUCACACCCAGACACACACACGUACACACACACACGCACGCACACAGAUACACACACACUCGUUGAGAGGCACAGGGUCAGUCAGUGCCGCAUUCCUUGAUCUGUUUUUGGGGGUGCUUCCAGCAGCAGUGGAAUACACAAACAGACCCCCAGUUGCCAGGUUCCUACUCCACCCUCUAACCUCUAGGCUUCAUACGCCUCCGUACACAUCUGUGUGUCCGAAUAGCAGACUGAUCUGAGGGAAACAACAGCCCCUCCCUAGUCUAGUGAUUGAAGAACAAUGGACUUUGAGGUUUCUGUCUGUUUUACUUUAGUAUCAGAUGUUUCUGGCUAGGGGGUGUUUGUGAGUGCGUGCGUGCGUGCGUGCGUGAAUGCGUGUGUGAAUGCGUGCGUGUGCCUGUGUGUGUUGUCAUCUGGUUCCCAUUCUGUCUAAGGUAUCUUGUGUUCCAAAACAUCUUCAGCGUGUGCUACUAAUGAAUCUAUACACGGCGAUUAGAAAGAUUAUACUUUAGUUCGCAAGUGGGAAAUACAUUUUUACAGUUAGUCAGCAAAAACACUACUUAAAAACUGAAACUCAACACCAAUACAUAAGACCAAACAAGUAUGUCAUAAACAAGAAGAAUGUAAACAAAAACAUUUCCAUUUCCCCAUUACCUCCAUCCUGAGUGGGUGAACAACCAGCUUUGUCCGCCGUGAACUGAAGUUAUCAAAAAGUACUUCAGAUUUUAGAGGAUGGUUAGAAAGCUCAGUGGAACCUGCCAACCAGGAGAGCGUCUGUCUGUAAAUCUUUGCUGGAGUGGUGGAUGGAGGGAGGGAUAAAUCAGGGACCACGGCACUAAGAGACCGAGGGGACUGAAUUUAAGCUUUUUUAAAAAGUAAUGCAUGUUCUCCCAGGCUGUGUAACAUGCACUUUUACAUUAUAUAAAAACUACACUGCUGAACAGAAUAUGUGGAUUUGUUGUUCCUUUACUAUGACUGUGUAUUUGUUUUCUAUAGGAGAUUUGUCCCAAACGCUGUAGGCCCAUAUUACAGCACACUGAUGUUUACUAUAUCCUCACAUUGGGCUUUAUUUGGCAUGUAUAACGGUCUAGCUCUGUUUCCCAAAACUUAGAGAUCCUGUUUUGGCAGCUGGUUAUUUCAAUUUCUUCCUCAUAGCAUAGCAUAUAUUAACUCAUAAAUGGCUGCAACACAAAAUGCACCAGUGGUGUUAUGGCAGUUAUGACACAAAUUCACUAACAUAUCAAUCAUCUUCACAGCUACACAUCCGACAUGACCUCGGGUUUGAGUGACGGCUACGAGGGCCUAUCAGAGAGGAGUGGCAAGACUGCUGCCAGGCGCACGGCUGGCAAGCUGUUCUGGAGGAGGGCCCGUUCAAGACUGCGGAUCACUGGAGUAAAACAAAUCAAUCAAUUAAUCAAUCAAGACUAUUCUAUACAAGUGAUUGUCAAGUCUGAAAGUCCACAGUUAGGGCCCAUCCCAAAUGACACCCUAUUCCCUAUAUAGUGGAGGAAUAGGGUACCAAUAGGUUGCCAUUUGGAUAUGCAUACUUUGCAGUGUUUCUCCUAUAUUAAUUUAGCAGCAACGCCCCAUAAAUCGUCACCGCCACUCAAAAUAAUAUGAUUACAUUGUAUUAUUUUGGGGGAGAUAUUCUGCUGAGACACGCUUUUAAGCAUUUGACACAUUUAUUUACAUUUUUUAUGAUUCAGCCUAUUUAUUUAAAGCUGCUAUGCUGCAUCAGUUGGGCUACAGGUUGUAAUGCUUUUAAAGGGAAAAUUAUAUUUCAGAUGGUGUCAACAUAAUUAAAUUUUCAUUCAUUUUGGGAUAGAAUGUCCUUUUAAAAAGUAACCAGAAGUGACAGGUUAUGCUGAUGGUACAGUAUGCUCUUGUGACCAGAACACCUUGUCUCAAUGGCCUGGGGAAGCAGAAACAAACAUUUACAUUUUAGUCAUUUAACAGACACUCUUAUCCAGAGCGACUUACAGUAGUGAGUACAUACAUGUUCGUACUGUUCCCCAGUGGGAAUCAAACCCACAACCCUGGCGUUGCAAAUGCCAUGCUCUACCAACUGUGCCACUCAGACCAUACUCUACCUCAUACACAUACAGUAGGUGCAUGUAUGCAUACACACACACACACACACACACACACACACACACACACACACACACACACACACACACACACGCAUACACACACACGCAUACACACACACACACACACACACACACACACACACACACACACACACACACACACACACACACACACACACACACACACACACACACACACACACACAGAGUGCUCUAUCUUUGUUCUGCUGCUUCCCCAGUGUCUUUCUAUUCUACAUAACAUAAACAAACUAACACUGGUGGAUGGUGUCUCUGUGCAGCUCUCUGACAAAGACGACCGGGUGGUGGAGUGUCAGCUGCAGACUCACAAUGACAAGAUGGUUACCUUCAAGUUCGACCUGGACGGAGACAACCCAGAGGACAUUGCAGCUGUCAUGGUUAGUUGUCACCUCUAG